AGCUGAAUUCUGUGUUUAAUUACGCCGUGCUAUUCACACAUCCCUGAGCUUUGCAAUAUUUGAUUGGCGCUGAAGGAUCACUGAAGCCAGUUGGCUGUGAUUGCAUGUGGUCCUUCCAUGAUAGUGAAGGACUGCCAGUGCUAGCGUGAUAUCACCCGAUGAAAACGAUGCUGCUGCUUCACUUUCUUUCACCGUACCUGUGCGUUUGUCUCCAAGUGAUCUGCUUAACUUGUGCCAGCUCGGAGUAUUCUUCUCAAAACGAGUCCGAGUACGAUUUCGGGGAUUACCGAGGUAAGUGGUGCCUAGAUGACCACGGAUUCGUGUAUACUAUUGGAGAGACCUAUUACCCGGCCCCGAGCGCUUGCCCCUGCAUUUGCACAGAAGAGGGCCCCCUGUGCGUAAAGCCGCGGUGUCCGCGGGUUCACCCGCGCUGCUCUCGGGUGAGCUUCAGGUCCUGCUGUCCCUACUGCGUGGAGAUAAGGAACGUCUGUGAGUACGGAGGGAAGAAGUACAAGUUGCUUGAAGAGUUUGAGCUAUCGCCCUGUGAACGGUGCCGUUGUGAGGCAAACAGAGAAGUGUACUGCAUGGUUGCUGAGUGCCCAUCCCUCCUGUGUGUGGACCCAACAUAUGAGCCCCACCAGUGCUGCCCGAUCUGCAAAAAUGGGACGAACUGCUUCGCGGCAAACACCAUUAUCCCGGCGGGGGUGAGUGUGGAGGUGGAUGACAACACGGUGUGCUUUUGCUCGCACAAGGACGGAACCUGGGAGACGCAACACCAGGCCACCUGCGUAAAACGCGACAGCGCAAACGAGCGCCAGCUAGAGCAGAUGGAGGCCCACCAAUUGCUCCCUGAGACGGAAGAGAUACCGUAGACAUGCUGAAGGGCAGUGUCAAGUGAUGUCACAGCAUGCCCCCUAAUGCAAGACCAUAUCCCUUGCCCAGGACCGAUGUGUGUCUAACGCAUUUGUUCUCGUUUUCCUGCAUUGAAGAAAAUCGAAUUGAUUAUACUGAAGGCUGAUCGAAAUUAUUUAACGAGAAAUUGGGUACUGGUUUGAAAUACCAGGGUUAUUGUAAUGUAUAUGUUAUGUAAUGUAUUCUGCUGGUUGGUCAAAUAAAGGACUAAUACCCCCUAAUA